ACGGGCUCGGCAGCGUCACCAACGACCUACAACGACAUGCGUCUCAUCAUGAAGUCUCGAUCUUGCAACUAUCGACAAUUCCAUUGACCUGUGGAUCUCACAAAGACGUGGUGACUCCAAGUCACCAUUCUCCCCAACGUCUGACCAGGCCUCUCCGAUUUUGAGCUGGCGAGUGUCCUCUUCCUUCCCACAACAGAGUCAAAAUCACACCCCUUCCACCCACAAGAGAUUGAAGGACUCGUUACAUUUUACUUGCCAUCAUGGCUGACGAUGAUCGACCCCUCAGGUCAGAGACUUCUCUACGACUUCACCACCUACGGAGCCUUCUCAAUUCAGAACGACAUAACCCCGAGCAACACCGAGCCAUUGAGGCAUUGGAUCGUGAGAUGGACCAAAUGUCUGCAGAUAGAGCCGCUCGAGAUGCUAGAAGAAGAGAGUACGAGACACUGGAUCAAGGUCAAGACAGCCCGACAGGGUCUGCAACCGCCCCACAGACUUCUUCCCCGUCCACCUUAAGUCGAGAGGUUCUUCAGCAGGCCGCGAGGAGGCGCGCCAGGGCUUUCAGACCAAGUGAAAGGUUUCGUCGGUAUGCGGGCGACCGCUUGGGUCACCCAACAAGGACCCUCGUCUCAGAAGCCCCAAUGCCACCGUCUCGCAAUUCUCCGUCGCCUCCCAUCCCCACGUCGAAUGAAAGAUCAGAAAGGCUGAGAUCCAAGAGACGCAAACUUGACGAUGGAUCUUAUGACGAGGAACCGAGGACCUUCUCAUAUGGGUUCAAUGGUCAAGUUGUUCCCGGUCCCCUACGAAUGGACAUUGUCAGCUGUGACGGAGGGGAAUAUCCCAACCCUCACACUCCAAUCAACAACUACCCCGAAAAUGUGCUGACUGAUGACGCAACCGUGUACUGCACUGAGAGCAAUACUUGCAAUAUGCUGUUGAAACACGUGGGUGGCAUGCCUUUUACUCUGACUAAGAUCGUCGUGAAAGCACCAAAGGCAGGAUUUGAUGCUCCACUGCAGAACGGCAUGGUCUUUAUUGCCAUGGAAGAUGAUCACCUCUUGGAAAGGGCUUCUCGACAUGACGUGCCCUGGUCUCCUCCGCCCCGUCGUACCCGUUACGGUAGCCGUCCAUCACACGACUACAUGCAUUCUGCUCGGUCACCUCUCCGAUCCAUUGACCGGUCGAGAUAUCUCAAUGACCCGACCUCGGAUUGGGAUGACACAGCUCUGGAGGAGCGUCUCGUUCCAGGCUUCAGAGUAUCAGUUGGCGAUCCUUCGGAUGAGGAAGAAAGUCCCGACGGAACUGUUUCGCCGCGCCCUUGGCCUGAGGAUGACUAUUCUCUUCGUGCCUACGUCGACCGAUAUCGUCCUGUCUAUCGAGACACAAGACGUAAUGAUAACAUCUCAGCAACCUCAAGUGACUCGGAAGGGGAAGCCGAGUCUAGCAACGAAGAGUUUAUUGCUCAGGCGAGAGCCCGAAUCUUGCGGAAUGAUGUCUUCUUUUCCGAUGCGAGAGAACGGCUAGAGCAACGACAGAUGGAAUUUGAGCGAUUACGAGCGCAGCAAAUCCGCGAAGGAGAUGAUUUUUUUGGUCGCGCCGGCCGGCAAGAAAAUCCAGAGGACGAAGAAGCGCACACGAACACCCAUCAGUUGACUCGGCCUGACAGCUUGAUGUUACUUGGAGCAGACGGAGAACUUUUGGAGCCAUCGAAUCCUCCAAAUCAUCCAUCGGUCAGAUACCAUGGUAACUUUGACUCUAUCGGUAAUAAUAACAAGGAGGGGAGGAACGAAACCAGAGGGUGUAGUUCAAGGGAUAGCGAGGCUCUUGCUCCACACGCCCGGUUCUUCAUCAACUGGAGCAAGUCUAGCACGUCAAUCAAGUUUGACCCUCCAGUGUGAGCAUCCCUCGAACAUGUACUCCUACUUUUGGUUUGCUCUGGCGAAUACUGACUGAAUGAUAGAUCUGGACGGUAUAUCCUGGUCAAAUUGUGGGCGCACCGCCCGUCCACAAACAUCGACAUUCAAGCCAUUGUCCCCCAUGGUUACGGCGGACCCCGAUUUUUUCCUUGUAUUGAUGUGAGAUGAAUAUGACGAAUUUACGAAUUGAUGCCAACAUAAGGACAAUCCUGAAGUAUUGAAUACCCCGCCUGGAAUUGAUGCUUGGAUUCCCUAGUUGAAGUCUAGAAGAUAUUUGAUCCUAUACAGUAAAUCAGUAUGCAUAACCAUAGCAUAGCCUGGAAUCAAGAACGAGG